CGAGCGAGCGAGCGAGCGAGCGAGAGAGAAGCCUCGGCUCGGCGGUAGGCGCUCCGGUUGUAGCUCAGACGUUGUCGCUCGUUUGCCGAGAGUGGAGGUGCUUGACGUGGAGCGCUCAGCUGCACUCGUCGCCUUUUUCGACGCCCAAACAGCAGCAAGUGUGUUCAAGUGUGCGUUUUGCCUGAGCAGCCGCAGGUCAAUCGACAUUGUCUAUUGUAAACAACGACACGUGAUUCAGUGCGCGAUCAUCGUCAGAGACAUUGUCGCAUUAAUGACUGCAGUCAGGGUGUCUUUUCGUGCGCGUCACAGCGCGUAGCGGUAGGUGCAGCAGCAGCAGCAGCAGCAGCAGCAGCAGUCACCGUCAGCCGACAGGCCGUGUAGCAGCGACAAUUGCACUCAUUGUCGCGGCGGAGAGUGUUGGCUUGGCUCGCAAGUGUCUUAAUAAAAAGCAGCCAAACUGUACGGGCACAGGGAGGAGGAGAUGUUGAUGACCGCGGAGUCGGAGCUGAAGGGUGGCAGUCUGCACGGCCAGAUGCCGCCGCACUCACACCAGGGUGUCGCGCCGAUGGGCCACCCGACACACGCCGUCUCGGCGUACGGAGCCCUCGGCUCGCUGGUGCACAGUCCCGCGCUGUCGGGCAGCCCGCCGUCGAGCGGCCUCGCUGCGCUGAAUCUGCCCCACCAUCACCAGCCGCCGCAGCAUCACUACGCGUCGAUGCAGGCGGCUCAGCAGCAGCAGACCCAGCAACAGGUACACAGUCAGCAGCAGAGCAUGCACUCGCUGCAGCAGCAGCAGCAGCAGAGCGUGCAGCAGCACCACCAUCAGCAGCAGCAGCAGCAGCAGCAAGGCCAUCAGCAGGCACCGAACAACAACAAUAGCACGAGCAAGAACAACAACAUCGACCGAGUGAAGAGGCCGAUGAACGCGUUCAUGGUUUGGUCGCGCGGACAGCGCCGGAAGAUGGCCCAGGAGAACCCCAAGAUGCACAACAGCGAAAUCAGCAAGCGGCUCGGCGCUGAGUGGAAGCUGCUCAGCGAGGCGGAGAAGCGGCCGUUCAUCGACGAGGCGAAGCGGCUGCGCGCCGUCCACAUGAAGGAGCAUCCCGAUUACAAGUACAGGCCGCGGCGCAAGACCAAGACUCUGCUGAAGAAGGACAAAUUUCCGCUGGGCGCGGGUGGCGUGGCCGGGGUCGGUAGCAUGCUGGGCGUCGACCAGCGCGGCCAGGUGGGCUCGACGCCAGGGGGUCCACAGCAGUCGCAGCUCAGCCGCGAAGUUUAUCAGAUGCCCAGCGGCUACAUGCCCAACGGCUACUCGAUGAUGCACGACCCCACGACGGCGGCUUAUCAGCAACACUACAGCAGCCACAUCAACGCGACGAGUGCCUACCCGAGGUACGACAUGGGCCACCACCUCGGUGGCGGUUCGCCGUCGCCGAUCAACAGUUACAUCAAUGGCUACGGCGGCUACACGGGGACGACGGUGCCCGGCGGCUCGCCGUCGCCCUACCACCAGACACAACCCGGCUCGCAAAUGUCCAGCCACAGCCCGUCGGGCAGCAGCAUCAAGAGCGAGCCCACAUCGCCUGCCUCCGCGGGCAUUCACACGCCGACGCCGAGUGGUGCCCCGCCACCGGUCAAGCGGGAAUACAGUAGCAUGGCUCAGCAGCAGCAACAGCAGCAGCAGCAGCAGCAGGGCGAGCUUCAGCAGAUGAUUUCCAUGUACAUGGGCGGCGAGCAGGCCGUCAUGCAGCACACCCAGCACGUUUACUCGCCUGGACCGUCGCCCGAUUCGCUACAGCAUCAGUCGGUCAUGACGCCGAUGGCACAUAUGAUAGCUUAGAGAGAUGGACGGAUGGAUGAACGAGGCCCCGAGACACACUGAGACACACGCUCGCCCGGCAUAUAGCAAAAACGAGAAAAAAUAAGCAAAGAGCACGAAAAAACAGAAUCCGGCUUAUGUCGAGAGAGAUUUUUGCUUAUUGCACAAUUUUGCUCACAAGAGAGUAUGCACGUGGGGGUACCGAGCCAAGAGCCGCUGUCGACGCCGCCCUUCGGUUGAUCAAUCUCAAAUAUUCACUACACGAGCCAGCGAAGGACAGGAGUACUAUUCCUUUCUAGAGGAGAGGAACGAGUAAUAAAAACAAAAAAAAAACAAAUGAGACACAAUUUAAGAACGAUCUAUCUUUGAAAGCAUAAACGAAAGAUAUAGAAUAUGAUAAAAAGACAAAAAAAAUGUUGAGGAAGUAAGGCCUACUUCCACGUGAAAAUGUUUAUAUACCAAAUUAUAUACAAUUAUUCCAUGAAUCCUGUAUAAACUGAUUAUAUAUAAUUUAAAACUCUGUACAUACAAUUGUAAAUAUAUAAGUAUAUUAUGAAUAAUUGUAUAUGAUACAAGAUAUCAUAUUAUGAUUUUUUUUAAUUAUAUUAGGCGAUAAAUAAUAAAAAUAGUGAAAAUGACAAAAUUUUCUUUGUUUCAUGAUUUCAAAAUCCCUAUUUCAUUGCUUUUCUAUUUUCAUUCUUUUAUUAGUAUAUCGACAAUACAAAUAACAAGUUUAUCGACAAAUUUGCAAACACAUGCCAAAUUUAUUUAUUUUCAAGAUAACGGAAGUAUUAUUUUAACAAUUUCAAAAGUAAAGUUGUUUACAUUUCGAUGACUUUUCUUGACGUACCAAUAGCAAGUAAAAAAAGCAAUUUAUUGAAAGUUAUAAUGAAAUCAUUAUAAACAUUUUCACGUGGAGCUGUGAUUUAUAGAUAAUAUUAUCAAAGCUGUUUAUACCAGCGAAUAUACAUUAAAUAUUCUCAUGCUACAAAAUUCAUUUACAAUUUUUUAUAUUUAUUUUUAUUGGCUUUUCUUUAUAAUUUAAUGUAAAAUCGAUGCGGCAAUUUGUUAUGCGUUUGUAUCAAAAUUAUUUUUAAUAUGUAUAAAUAUACAACUAUUAUUACAGUGCGAUAAUUCGCAUAAAAGUAUCUCUUAAAAAGUAGUUUCAAGUUUGAUAUAUCGAAUUUACGCAAUGUUUCAUGCAACUGCAACGAAUGCACAGCAUCGUAUGUGUAUUCGUUGGACUUGUAAUAUUUGUUGCAAACUAGAUUAAGUAAAAGAGAAGAAAAAAAACUUUUUAAGAGAUUUUCUUUAACAAUAUUGAAAACAGAAGAAAACAUCAACUUCGUAGGCUCGUGGGUUUCUUGAUGUUGUCGCGGCGGCCGAUUGGCGGCUUUUCCGCGAGACCCCCACGUACGCCUUUCUCUUGCUGGUUUGCUUUCAAUCUACUGAAAUAGAACAGAGAACCGUGAAUUAAAAAAAAGGAAAAUUAAGACUUUCUGGACCAAUGCGGCAAUACCGUAGAGGUGAAUUAAAAUGGUUUGCUGCCGAAACGUUUUAAUUCAUUUGUGCGUUUUAACAUGUAUACGAAAAAAAAUAGUUAAGCAGACACGAUAACGAUUGAAAUCGAGAUGAAAGUUGCUAGAUUUUGGAUUAACGAACGUUUGAGCCCUGAUUGAUUUGAAAAAAAAAAAACCACAGUACAUGGCCUUUAUUUAGACCAAUGCUAUGCGUUCGAAGCUGCGAUAAUUGCACGCCUUUAUCAACAUUUGAGGUGGAUUGGCUUUGACAAGCAAAUAGACGUUGAUCUGAAAUCAAGCAACUUUAUAUCUUGAAGUUCCAUCGCAAUUUUUUGAAAUGCUAAAGCUCAGUGAUUCGUUGACGAGUAUAUACGGGUAGACUCGUUAAUCUCCUCAAAUAACCACUGUGAUAUAAACGAACGUUUGUCGCGCGAGACAUACAAAAUAUAUACAUUAUCGUCGAUUAUCUUUUUGUGCGUUCGCGCAACUAAACAAAAAUUACGUAUACGAUUGUAAAUAGUUAUCUAUAUAUUAAUGUAUAAGUAAAGGAAAAAAUAAAGAUCACAAUGCGUAAAUACAUGUGUAUAUUAUCCACAAAUACCGAGUGUAUAUAAAUCUUUUUUUCAUUUUCCUUUCUUCUUUCGAAUAACGAUAUUUUAGAUUAACAAGCAAGCAUAGAAUAACAGCAAGAAAAGCAAAAAAUCAAUUCUCUGCGUAUAUACUUCCAUAUAUUUAUAAAUAUUUAUAUAUAAACGAAACUCAUAUAUAUUAUAUAUGUGUACUAUUUGUAUUCUCAAACCGCGAGUGUGCGAGUAUGCAAAUUAUAUAAAUAUUAUAGACGAUCGCAUUGUUAAGGACUUAGAUUUUACGUCGAAUUAGCGUAACAAUGUAAAACAUUACAUGUAACAUGCACUCCUCAUAUAAAAGACAAAACAAGUAAGCUAUAUUAUGCACGUUCAAGUAUACUUUUCUUUCGUCUCUUUUUUUGUUACAAACACACUUCACACAAUGCGAAAAUAUACCCUUGUAAAUAACCAGUAAACAAAUAUGAUCGUAUAGAUGUUGAAAAAU